UUAACUAAUAAUGGCAACGAGUUAUACGCAAAGACCUAGUCUUCAAAGUAAUUCUAGUGAGCAGAAUCGCUUCAUGGACAAAUUAAUGUGGAAAAUAUUUAGCUUCUACGACGAACAGUCUCUAAUCGAUGUGACAUUUAAAGUUUCGAACCCAACGGCUCUUAUUCCUGCGCAUCGCUUGAUACUCGCAGCAGCGAGUCCAUACUUCGAGAACCUUUUCAAUGGCGAUCAAGGCAACUAUCCUAUCAUCGAGAUAACUGAUAUCGAUAGCGAUAUUUUUGAGCGACUAAUAACCUUUUGUUACACUGGUCAGACGCUCUUUACCGUUUCCAAUGUCAGUGCCAUGCUGAAGGCAGCAAUAGUUUUGAAAUUGGACGAUGUCAUAACCUCUUGCGUGGACUACCUCAUAGCACACAUUAAUAAAUUCACUUUGCAGGCUGCUUAUGCGCUGGAGCGUGAAUCGCGAUGUGAACAUCUUAUGCAGAAAAUCAUCGAAUAUGAAACACAGAAUUUCGUGGAGAUAAGCAAAAGCGAUGAGUUUCUGAAUUUUGAUUUUGAAAAAUUGCAACGUAUUCUGGAAUCUGACAAUUUGAAUAUAACUCGUGAGGAAGAUGCUUUCGAUGCCAUAAACCGUUGGUUCAAUUACAACGUUCCUGCGCGCCAAGAACAACUGCCACUUUUAAUAGCUUGUCUCCGGCUUACCCAAUUCGAUGCGGAAUUUCUGUUGACACACAUACAACCUCUACCUGGUUGUGAACUGCUGGCCUUCAAGGCGAUAUCGUGGAUCAGAGAGCCUGCAGCACGGACAAAGAUAAAUAUGCGAUUUACAAGACCACGUGGGAUUAGUGCUGCAAAUUGUGGUGAGAAAACAUUGCUGGCGGUUUGCGGGAAUGCGAUUUAUCCCAAGCUGCUACAAUAUAGCAAAGCUGAGGAUAAGUGGCAGGAAUAUGCGAGUAUAAGGUGCGACUACAAAUGUUAUAGAACUAUCUUAAAGGAUGAUAAUUUAUUAUUUGUUGGCGGCAUUAAAAAACGUGCCAUAUUAAACAUCGUCCGCAGCUGGAAUAUUCGAAAUAAGACAUGGCGAAAUUUGGCCGCCAUGAACCAAAAAAGAUUCAGACACUGCGUUGUCGAAUUGGAUGGAAAAAUCUACGCGAUUGGUGGUCUUGAUAUUGGAAAGACUCUAUCGUCAGUGGAAAGAUAUAUGACUUCUGAUGGUUGGCAGUUCGUAAACGGCUUGAUUGUUGGACGAUAUGACCCAUGUGCAGUGACUUUGAAUGGCAAAAUCUACAUAAUGAGCGGAAUAAAUGGCGACAAUGACUAUAUAAAAUCCGUCGAAUGCUACAACCCAGUUUCGAAUGCCUGGACUUCUUGCGCGGACAUGAUAGAACGUCACACUUUUUCUGUUGCAGCUGCACAUAAAGGUCACAUUUAUGUUUUAGGCAGUAACGGUGAUAAAAAAACUGUUGAACGAUACGAUCCUCAGCGAAACACAUGGUCUAAGAUUUGUUCUUUGAGAGGUGGCAUAUCGUGCGUAUCGCUAGACAAUAAACUAUGGGCUAUUACUGGUGACUUCCUUUCUGGCAUGACAUGUGUAUCAGUCUAUGACGAGAAAAAUGACCGUUGGGAACAAAAGUGCGCAUUUUCCGAAACCAAUAUUCGUUCCUGUUUUGCUGUGCCUGAAGCCCUACUGACGUCGAAUGAAUAACAAUAUUAAUAAAUAUAUUUUUUGUAAUAAAUUCUCUUG